AUGAGUUUAGAGGUGAACGCAAUGAAACUGUUUUAUGGAACUCUCUGGCUACAAAGCAAAGAAGAAGGGCCUGACUCUCGUCCUGUUCAGGUUCUGGCGUUACUGCUACAACUGACUUGGGAAAUUAUGAAGGGAAGAAGGCCUGACUCUGGACUUGGUUCUGGUUCUGGCGUUAUGGCCACAACCGACUUAGGAAGCUACGUUACUAUCUCUAAGCUAAGUUCUCUUCUUGUCAAGUCUCCCAAGACUGAAGUUAAAUUGGACGCAUAG